ACCUCUACUCCGUGUGGCCUCUUUCUGACAUGGUGUUUUCCCCUCACAUCUGACCAGUCUUCUGACAAGUCAGUGCAUAUUUACGAACGAGCCCCAGGAUUUAUUGCUGCAUAGCUUGAUGGACAUCUGUGGCAGGAGCCAGAGUCAGGUCAUCUGGGAAGCCAGAGCCACUGUGAAGAAGCCUCUGCCACCACGCAUCUCCAGAGUGAAUGGCUGGUCUCUGCCCCUGCAUUUCUUCCAGGUGGUGGCCUGGAUCACCUUCCUGAUCAUGUCCUUCACCAUGUUUGGGGUCCUCAUUCCCCUUUUGCCACACGAAUGGAAAUAUAUUGCCUACACUCUGACUGGCGGGCUCCACGCUUUCUAUGCCACAGUCCACCUGAUCACAGUUUCCAUCGAUCCAGCUGAAGCCAACGUGCGAUUCAAGAAGAACUAUUCUGAUCCCCUGCCGACUCUUGACCGAUCCAAACAUGCACACGUGAUUCAGAACCAGUAUUGUCACGUGUGCAAGGUCACUGUGAGCGCAAAGGCCAAGCACUGCAGCGCCUGCAACAAGUGCGUGAGUGGCUUCGACCACCACUGCAAGUGGCUCAACAACUGCGUGGGGAGCAGGAACUACUGGUACUUCUUCGGCUGCGUGGCCUCGGCCUUGGCCGGCCUGCUCUGCGUGAUGGUCAUCCUGGUGUACGCCCUCGCCCAGUUCGCCGUGGACCCCAGCAGGCUCCGCACGGACCCCGCGUAUAAAGAUGUCAAGAAUAAGGACACCUGGCUGCUCUUCCUCCCCUUGUUCCCUGUGAAGGUGGAGACCCCAGUGGUCCUGUCCGUCUGGGUGUUUGUGCUCGUGCUGGCCACCACCAGCUUCCUGCUGCUCGGGCACCUGCUCAUCUUCCACGUGUUCCUGCAGUUCAAGAAGCUGAGCACGUUUGAAUACAUGACACAGGCCCCACAGCCAUGUUGCUCCAAAACCUCAUCAGAGAAGAAAGAUGUGCAAAUGGAGGAAAGGCUUGCACAGCUGGCAGGGACCGGCAGCGCCUGCAGCCGCAGCAGCGCUCUGCAGGGGGACAACGCGGGACCCGGAAGUGGGUCUGCCCCGGCGGGCGGGGGGGCGGAAGUUCCCGCUGCACUCUUCCCCAGUUGCUCCGGAAGCUCCGCCCCGGGCGGAAACGCUCUGCGGGUGGCGCCAGCGUUCCGGGUCGGGCGAGCUCAGCAGAAAGGUGGCCAAGGAGGUGUGCGCCGUUAA